CAGAGUCCAGCUUUGAAGUGCCGGGUCGUCUGGAUAAUGUGUACCAAACGCUGAAAAAGUGAUAGUAAAUAGAAUACAGUUUCUCCAGAGGAGCAAGGUCAAGAAUACUCUUUUGUCCGUCGCACAGAGCAGGAUGGACGCUGAGGGCUUCGGAGAGCUGCUGCAGCAAGCAGAGCAGCUGGCCGCUGAGACAGAAGCUGUGUCUGAGCUGCCGCAUGUUGAGAGAAACCUUCAGGAAAUCCAGCAGGCGGGAGAGAGGCUUCGGUCUCGCACACUGACCCGUACCUCACAGGAUGCAGCAGAUGUGAAAGCGUCAAUCCUCCUCGGUUCCAGAGGUUUAGACAUCUUCCACAUUUCCCAGAGGUUGGAGAGUCUAAGUGCUGCAACCACUUUUGAGCCCCUGGAGCCAGUCAAAGACACAGAUAUACAGGGCUUCCUGAAGAACGAGAGGGACAACGCCCUCCUGUCCGCCAUCGAGGAGUCUCGCCGCAGGACGUUCCUCCUGGCUGAAGAGUACCACCGGGAGUCCAUGCUGGUCCAGUGGGAGCAGGUGAAGCAGAGGGUGCUGCACACGCUGCUGGGAGCAGGAGAGGACGCUCUGGACUUCAGUCAGGACAUGGAGCCCAGUUUUGUGAGCGAGGUGACGGCUCCGGGCAGGAGCGCCCUGGACAGCGUGGAGGUGGCUUACGGACGGCAGAUCUACAUCUUCAAUGAGAAGAUUGUGAACGGCCACAUCCAGCCCAGUCUGGGCGAUCUCUGUGCUUCGGUGGCAGACAGCCUGGACGACAAGAACGUGUCGGAGCUGUGGCUCAUGGUGAAGCAGAUGUCGGACGUGCUGCUGGUUCCAGCCAAAGACACCCUCAAGAGUCGCACAUCUGUCGAAAUGCAAAUGGCGUUCGUGCGCCAGGCGCUCAGCUUCCUGGAGAACAGCUAUAAGAACUACACCAUGGUGACCGUCUUCGGAAACCUCCAUCAGGCUCACCUGGGAGGGGUGCCCGGAACGUACCAACUGGUCCGCAGCUUCCUCAACAUCAAACUGCCGGGACCCCUGCCGGGCAUGCAGGACGGCGAGAUCGAAGGCCACCCGGUGUGGGCUGUGAUCUACUACUGCCUGCGCUGCGGAGACCUGAACGCCGCCAUGCAGGUGGUGAACCGGGUGCAGCAUCAGCUGGGAGACUUCAAGAGCUGGUUCCAGGAGUACAUGAACAGCCCCGACAGGCGUCUCUCCCCGACUUCGGAGAACAAGCUCCGCCUGCACUACCGCCGGGCGCUGAGGAACAGCGCCGACCCCUACAAGAGAGCCGUCUACUGCCUGAUCGGGAAGUGCGACAUCAGCGACAACCACGGCGAGGUGGCGGACAAGACUGAAGACUACCUGUGGCUCAAGCUGAACCAGGUGUGCUUUGACGACGACGGCAGCAGCUCUCCUCAGGACAGACUCACCCUGCCGCAGCUCCAGAAGCAGCUGCUGGAGGACUACGGCGAGUCCCACUUCUCCGCCAGCCAGCAGCCCUUCCUGUACUUCCAGGUCUUGUUCCUGACGGCCCAGUUCGAGGCGGCCAUCGCCUUCCUGUUCCGCGUGGAGCGGCUGCGGAGCCACGCCGUGCACGUGGCGCUGGUGCUGUACGAGCUGCGGCUGCUCCUCAAGUCGUCGGGCCAGAGCGCCCAGCUGCUGAGCCAGGAGCCCGGCGACCCGCCCAUGGUGCGCCGCCUGAACUUCAUCCGCCUGCUCAUGCUCUACACCCGCAAGUUUGAGUCCACCGACCCGCGGGAGGCCCUGCAGUACUUCUACUUCCUGCGCAAUGAGAAGGACAGCCAGGGAGAGAACAUGUUCAUGCGCUGCGUCAGCGAGCUGGUGAUCGAGAGUCGGGAGUUUGACAUGCUGUUGGGGAGGUUGGAGAAGGACGGCAGCAGGAAGGUAGGCUUUCAUCCCCGGGGGGUCAUCGAUAAGUUUGCCGGGGACACCAGAGCCAUCAUCAGCAAAGUGGCUCUGGAGGCCGAGAACAAGGGCCUGUUCGAGGAGGCGGUCAAACUCUACGAACUGGCCAAGAACCCCGAUAAGGUUCUGGAGCUGAUGAACAGACUGUUGAGUCCGGUCAUCGCUCAGGUCAGCGCGCCGCAGUCCAACAAGGAGAGGCUGAAGAACUCCGCAGUGGCCAUCGCCGAGCGGGUAUCGCUCUCAGGAAUCGCCGGAGAUAAAACCAUUGACGGCACCUUUUACCUGCUGCUGGAUCUGAUGACGUUCUUCGACGAGUAUCACGCCGGACACGUGGCGGCGUACGACGUGAUGGAGCGUCUGAAGCUGCUCCCUCUCAGUCAGGACAGCGUGGAGGAGCGAGUCGCCGCCUUCAGGAACUUCAGCGACGAGGUUCGACACAACCUGUCCGAGGUGCUGCUGGCCACCAUGAACAUCCUGUACACGCAGUACAAGCGCCUGAAGGGGGCGCCGGCGGGCACGCCGGGCCGGCCGCAGAGGACCCUGGAGGACAGAGACAUGCAACUGCGCAGCCAGGCCAGAGCGCUCAUCACGUUCGCUGGGAUGAUUCCCUACAACAUGGCCGGAGACACCAACGCCAGACUGGUGCAGAUGGAGUUACUGAUGACCUGAGACCACACACACACACACACACACACACACACACACACACACACACACACACACACACAUACACAUACACACACACACCCUUCACUCAGUCAUCUGUCUGUCGUUUUAUUCUGCACAGGCGACCCAUCAGCUCAUUAAUCCACCCGUCUGAGUUUCUUGUUUUUGUUCUGCUUCGUUUCCCAUUUCGUUGUUUCAUAUUUGUACCUUGAUUCAUUUGGAAUAAUAAAAAAAAAAAUGUUG